UGAGCAACCCCUGUCUGUCGCUGCCGCUGUCGCCUUGGCCGCUGCCGGCCCGGACUCGCCCUGAGCGCAGGGUGUGUGCCCCGCUGCGCUUGGAGCGCGGAGGCUCCUCCAGCCCCAGCUCCUCGCCCCGGCCUGCGCGCGCGGGUCCCGGAGGGAGCCGACCCCACCAUGCAGCUGCAGUUCCGGAGCUGGAUGCUGGCCGCGCUCACGCUGCUUGUGGUCUUCCUCAUCUUCGCAGACAUUUCGGAGAUAGAAGAAGAAAUCGGGAAUUCUGGAGGCAGAGGUACAAUCAGAUCAGCUGUGAACAGCUUACAUAGCAAAUCUAAUAGAGCUGAGGUCGUAAUAAAUGGGUCUUCACUGCCAGCUGUUGUUGACAGAAGUAAUGAGAGCAUUAAACACGGCAUCCAGCCGGCUUCAUCCAAAUGGAGACACAACCAGACGCUCUCUCUGAGGAUCAGGAAGCAGAUUUUAAAGUUUUUGGAUGCGGAGAAGGAUAUUUCCGUCCUUAAGGGGACCCUGAAGCCCGGAGACAUUAUUCAUUAUAUCUUUGAUCGAGACAGCACAAUGAACGUUUCCCAGAACCUCUACGAACUCCUUCCCAGAACCUCACCCCUGAAGAAUAAGCAUUUUCAGACUUGUGCCAUCGUGGGCAACUCGGGAGUGUUGCUGAACAGUGGCUGUGGGCAGGAGAUUGACACGCACAGCUUCGUCAUAAGGUGCAACCUGGCUCCAGUUCAGGAGUAUGCCCGGGACGUGGGCCUCAAGACAGACCUAGUGACUAUGAACCCCUCAGUCAUCCAGCGGGCCUUUGAGGACCUGGUGAACGCCACGUGGCGGGAGAAGCUGCUGCAGCGGCUGCAUGGCCUCAAUGGCAGCAUCCUGUGGAUCCCUGCCUUUAUGGCCCGGGGCGGCAAAGAACGUGUGGAGUGGGUCAACGCUCUCAUCCUGAAGCAUCACGUCAACGUCCGCACGGCCUACCCUUCCCUGCGCCUGCUGCACGCAGUCCGAGGAUAUUGGCUGACCAACAAAGUUCACAUAAAAAGACCAACUACUGGCCUCUUGAUGUACACUCUAGCUACACGCUUCUGCAAUCAGAUCUACCUCUAUGGCUUCUGGCCCUUUCCACUGGAUCAGAAUCAGAACCCCGUCAAGUACCACUAUUACGACAGCCUCAAGUAUGGCUACACCUCCCAGGCCAGCCCCCACACCAUGCCCUUGGAAUUCAAGGCCCUCAAGAGCCUGCAUGAGCAGGGAGCAUUGAAACUGACGGUCGGCCAGUGUGACGGGGCUACGUAAGGAUGGCAGCCCGUGGGACUCAGUGGCUCACUUUCCUGCCAGCUACACCACAGGCAGAUGGGAGUCGGGGUGGCACAAACAAUAGAACAAGCAGGCUAGUGGUUUCCUUUGUUAAAGUGUAAAACAGUGACCAGAAUAUAUAUAUCUAUACCUGCAUAUAUAUAUUGACCUGAGUAUUUAUAACUGUGUGGUGUUCAUCUAGCGUUAGGCAGAUAAGCCACAGGAAGAAGGUGUGGAGAACCCACCUGGACCAGAUGGAGACUCAGUCCACCUUUAGGGGGCAGAAGGACUUGACAGGCCAAGAAGCCAGUCCCAUGACUUUGGAUGACAACCCGCCUCCUGGGUUGGAUGGAUCUCUGGGCUCAUGGAUGAAUGGAGAGCCACCUGUUGUCAGCUUCCCCGAACCUCUGAGUGAUGUGGAUUCUGGGUAGCCCAGACCUAGAGAGGACAGUUUGAACCAGUCUAAAGAGGUGCAGUUCAUGGAGGAGAGACUUGGAGAGUUCCACUGGGCAAAGAGGCACAAGGAGAUCAAACAUCGGAGGUCACAACAGAGCUGAGGACCUUGUUCAGGAACUUGAGAGUGUAAGUGCCCAAACUAUACUCGGGCAGCACCUGUGUCCCAGAGAGGCCUUCCCAGCUACGGAGACAGGCUGGAGGAAAUCCACUCGACAGCCCCAUAUCCUGGUUACACAAGGACCACCCAGGACUUAGUAGGGUGGAUUGGCAGAUGGCCCUAAACAGGUAGAGUGUUAUAAAUCAUGGUUUUAGAAGCUUGAGACCUUCCAGGGGUUUGCUCCGCCUCAGAAAAGAACAGAAGAGUGUCUAAACUAUGGUCGUUUUGUUGGGUGUGCUUUAAAGCAACUGAGCCCCACUGAGGAAGAAGUGGUCCUGGGACUUCAACUUCCCGGUUAGCCUGCAUCCCAUCUUCCGAGACUGUCACGCGGGAGAACUCUACUGUCCUGUCUACCACCAGAAAGACACAGCGAAUGCUUGAAAGGGCACAGUCACAAUAGGUCUCAUCCUGUUCAAAACAUACACAAUGGUACACACGACGGCCUUUCUAGGCGCCACACGGAGACCCGGACCGGGACGCCUGGAGGACUGUGAAGCGCCUGGCUCUAGGUCUCUAUGUCACUCUGUUUGCUGUUCACAUCCUGCACUCUGAGGGUCCCCUGCAGCCAGACGGCCAUGUCCGUGUCACCUUCUCAUCCCUGUCUCAUCCUGACAGUCGUACCUGCCACACUAAGCUCCACCGUGGAGACUUUCAACUCUUCCGGGAGAGGUCCUAAUGCCCACUUCUACACACCUGCCCACCUUCACCCCCCUGCACAAGCAAUGAAGGCAGAGUUUUGGCAAAAAUCCUUUCCCCCCUCUAUUUAGAUUCGCACUUAAGACUUGUUUUUGUUGUAAAAGCCCAAAGCCAAACACAGAAACACAGGACAUAAUCUCCAGGGGAAAUCUGAGCUGCCAGUAACUUAAGGGUUGGGCUUACAGGUCACACGCAGCAAAGCCUUAUCCAGCUUGAUUUGCUAGAUGCAGUCCCUCGCCUGAUAAAUAACGGUUUUUUAAAAAACAUGUUUGAAAGAUAAGAAAGAAAAGUAUUAUCUGGAAGGUGAGCAGAGUAACGGAAAGUAAUCCGGAGCCGUUCCCAAGCCUAUGAGGCCUGACGUAAUUAAUCAACAGCCAUUCAGAACACAACGUUUGCUCUAAAUCAGUGGCUGACGGGAAAUGAACAGAGACAACGGAGACACCCUAGAACCAUUAACCGGGGUAACCCCGUGUAUCGUCCUCCCACCCCAAACCAGGAUGACGAUUGUACAUCUCCACGUUCCUCUCUUCGUUCCUGGUGCAGUACGAAGCGUGUGAUUUGGUUUGGGAUUUGCAUCAUAAAAUGAAUAUUUAAAAAAGCAACAGCCCUAACAGCCACCCGGGGAACUGAGUGGUUCAGCCUUCCCCAUGAGCAGUGGAAAUAAUUAGCAUCAUAUUUUACAUGUCUCCGGAGCCUUUCAUCUUAAAGAUCUCAAAGUCUCUAGAAGACAUUUAAUUUCUAAAGUUUGCGAUGCCCUGGAGGAACCGGUAAAAUCACCAGCAGGGCCUUGUAUUAGGAAAGCCCCUGAAUGUCAGACUAGCCCACGUGGCGGCCCAGAGGUCAGGUUCUGGAGGUGACCCCGAGCUCCACCCAGCAUCCUCUCUCUGCAGAGGAGGUAGAUGACUGGUUGUCUAACUGGAUUUAAGCAGGCUGUAACCUAACCAGAAAAAGUCAGCAAUCCCAGGACUACCCGGAUAUGCCAUUUCCCUGACUCAGCAGGUCCUUGGCUAUCAACAUGAUCCGGGCAUAGAGCAGCAAGGACUCUAUGAACCUUAGCUUCCCCUCUCCUUGUUCUCCUUCAGCCAAACUCAUAGUCAGCAGCCAACUGCCCUUGACUGCCUGCUGAGAACUCACUUGGGGCUGGCUUUCACUGAAGUCUUUAGCGUAGGCUGGCUGACCUUGGCUGUUCCCCAAGAGGCACAGCCUGCCCUCUUAACUUGAUUGCUGCCACUGCGGUCAAUCCUAACAUCCCAUCAGCCUCAGCCGGUCCCCUCUACUUUUGGCUGUCAGUCACUCCUGGACCUCCUCCUCAGUCCACCCACUUAAGCCUGCCGGACCUCCAUUUACUUUGAGCCCCCAGUGCCUCCACCCUUAACCUCUGCCAUCACCAAAUUAAAAAAACAAAACAAAACAAAACAAAAAAAAUAAGCAUUUGACAUGAGACCUUUCCUCAGACUCUCUUGGCCUCUCCUUUCCAUUUAUAACCUUAAUUCUCCCAUUUCUGAGUGAGUGAGGUCCCUCCUCUGGCCAGGGACUUUCCCCGCUCAUACCUUCAGUCUCUCCACCGGCCUCUUGCAUUCGGUCUGAUUCCUAUAGCCUCUUCACUUAAUUCCUCCACUAUGAGACCUUGGCAGGGUCUCCAGGCCCUAUUGCCACCAAUCUCCCCCCCCCCCCCAACCACACCUUAGUGUUCCUUCCUAGCCCACUCCUGGGACCAACAUCUCAGUGCUAACUCAAAAGGCCACUCUUACUGCAAAGUUCUCCCGUGGAUUCUCCUGGGCAAGAUACUAUGUUCUUAAGAUUUUCCCCCUUUCCUGAUCCCAACCUCCACGACCAUUUAUUUAUAUAUUUAUUUAUGUAUUUAUGAGUUAUUUAUUGGCACUCCUACCUUGAGCUGAGAAAGGACCCAAGGACGAUCUGCCCAUUUCCCCCUCCCUUCUCCCUGCACCACAAAGUAGCCAUUCCUUCAGAUAAGAUCCUCCCCACGGGCCCAUGCCCGCUGCAUGGGCAGUUCCACGCCUCCCUUCAGACCUAGCUACCACCACCCAAAGACCGCCUCCCACUCCACU